CACUAUCCGUCCUCCUUCGUUUUCUUCAGCAUCUCACAUUUCUUUUUCUGCUUGCUCUUCCUUUUCUCGAAUACGAAAGCAAAUAAGAGAUGGUGGGCUCAAACUGCAAGAUUGAAACCUCCGACGCUUCCCUCCCACUUACAUCUCUUAAUCACAUCUCCAUCGUCUGCCGAUCUGUCGAGGAAUCCCUCAAUUUCUACCAGAAGGUUCUUGGCUUCUUUCCCAUUAGAAGACCUGGCUCCUUCGACUUCGAUGGCGCCUGGCUGUUCAAUUAUGGCAUCGGCAUCCACCUUCUGCAAUCAGAAAACCCCAAAAGCAUGCCGAUAAAAGCCGAGAUAAAUCCGAAGGACAACCAUAUAUCAUUCCAGUGCGAGAGCUUGAGUUUAGUUGAGAAUAAGCUAAAGGAGAUGGGGAUUAGCUACGUUCAGAGGACAGUGGAGGAAGGAGGGAUCUUUGUUGAUCAGAUCUUCUUUCAUGACCCAGAUGGCUUCAUGGUAGAGAUCUGUAACUGUGAGAACCUUCCGGUCAUCCCUUUGCCCGCCGCGGUUCAGGUGGCCGGCGUUUGUAAGAGGGUUGGCUGCCUUGUCAAGCAGCAGCAGCAGCAGCAGCAGCAGCAGCAGAAGGUUGGCCAGUGCCUCUCGCCGGCAAUCCAUGUCAAGGAGGCUCAUAUCCCCUGUGCAUGAAGUGGACCAAAAAAAUAUCUCAUUAAAAAAAAAAUGGGCAUUCAUAAUUCAUGCAUGAUGUGAUCUAAAAAAUGAACCAUAUAUUAUUUUGGGUGCAGCAUGCAUUAAUUAUUUGAAGUGAGAUGCCGUUUUUAUUUUAAUGAUGGUAGGUAGACUAGUAGUUUUUUAUUUCCUCAAAACCUAAUGUAGGUUUAUGGAUCAAUUUCAUAUGUUAUUUUGUAUUAAUUUAUAUUAAUGAAUUCAUAUUUAUUAAUAUAAAAUAAUAUGAAAUAAUAUAUUAAGUCGAAUAAUAUAUACUCUCCUUGAAUGAGAGGAAUUAUUAGGUGGUGAUUUGCACGGUUGUGCAAAGUUGAAUUUAGGGUCUUGGAUUUUAAUGAACUCUUAUGUAUAUGUAUUCUUAUGGAGUGUUGGUGGCUCAUGAGUGUGAGGUAAUAGAAAUAUUUUAUAUGCAUUGAAUCUA